AUGAAGCUCUUCCACCGCAAGAUCGAGUCCUGGGAGGUCGUCGAUCAGAAGUCCGUGGAACCCAUCUCGAUUUUCAGCCCAGACGAGCGCGACGAGAUGGAGAUUGCGAACGUCUACGACGCGACCAUGUGCGGCACGUACCUCUUCGAGCUCAAGAAGGUCGCGAACCUCCGCGGCGCCGUCGUCUUCGCUCGCGAACGCCUCCUGCGGGACGCCGCCGCCAAGGGCUACAACGUCUUCCUGAUAGAGGGCUGGAAAGUCACGCACCUGCGGAAAGGCAAGCAGGAACGCGCCGAGGUCCGAUAUUGGGGACGGCCUGCUUACGCGGCGGUCGAGCCGCCUCAGGGCCAGAUGCCGCCUUUCAUAGCCAUGCUAGACACACGGUCUAUCGCGUAG